AUGCCUUCGUUAAAAGAUAAUGGUCGAGAUUUUGACCUUCAUACGACCCAAGGUCUGACGAAGUUGCUCAGGGGUAAGAGUACUUCUUUAGAUAUUAUAUACGAAUUAUCCAUCGAUUUGAUUUCAAAAAAACCAGAGUAUUCUCUACCAAAUAAAGAUAAAUUUAUUUUCGAACUUCUAUGUGAUCGGUUCUCACAGCAGAAGUUCAAAGAAUUCAAGGUUUGUGUUAAAAUGUGGGAUUUAUUCAAAAAGCUUUGGAUUAAGUCGGAAUUAGAUAUAACGACAAGGAAUGCGAGAGAUCAAGUACUUGCAAAGAGCAAUAUAGUGAGCUCAAUUACUGAUGCUUUGGAUGAGAUAAAGAGAACCGAAGCUUUCAAAAAAAGUGAUUUGGUAUCCUGUAUUUCAGAUUGCAUACAUCUUGUGAGUAGUUACCAGAGAAUCAGGUUUUCCGAGGAUCAAAGUGUUAGUAUCAUCGGAAAUCUUCUCUUUUUUGCAUCAGCAGUACCUGAAUAUGAUUCAGCAUUACUUCAAAAUAUUGCGUUAUCGGUUUGCCUGAUAUACGAACGUUCUAAUUUUCAUGCUAUAAAAUUUAGCAAAAAGAGCGUUACUCACUUCAGUGGUGCAUGUUUGCCUAAUAUCAUUUUGUUGAUGGAAAAUUCAUCUCUCGAAUCAAAAUCAUUGCAUAACAGGUUAGAAAGCAUUGUUUCUGAUGUACUAUUCAGUGAGAGAAACAUAAAAGACUGCAAGGAUAACUUGGGUUUCUUUAUAAACAAUGCACGUGCCCAGAAUAAAAUGACAAAAGAAGGAUUAAAAUAUAUUUUUGGGCUAACCGUUCACAAAUUAGGAGUAUCUGACUCAGAGGAUAUUUUCAAAAUAUUUAUUUCAAGAUACCCCAUGUUCUCUUCCUCCCUUGUUCCUCUUCUUGUGCUUUCGAAAAACUCGCUAAAUACAAAGUUUUUGUCGAAUUUACUUAAAGGAUGUCUAGGUAAAAGUGAUACAAAUUCACUCAACGUUAUGAAGUGUAUACUGAGUCGGAACUCUGAGGUUGGGGUAAAAUUUGGAAGGAGCAUUAUGAACACAUUAAUAAAAGGAAAGCUUUCUGAUAUUACCAUAUCCGUUGCGAAAAGUUUAUUUCAGUGUUACGUCAAUUCCAGGGAUGUUGAGGCCUUUGUUACUCAAUGGGAGCGCAUACUUCCCGGAAGUAACGAACAAAAUGUUGAGAAUGUUUUCACAUCCAGAGAAUUUGCGAUCUCUUGCUCGAGUGAUUUUGUCUCUCUUCCAUACGGUCAGUUAGAACAGAUAUUAAAAGCAUUGGAAUAUAGUAUUAAAGAUGACCCUUCAAAAUGUUUUCUUCCAUUAAUCUCCAUAUGCAAUGGAUUGCUUCAAGGUGUAACUGGAUCUUCUAGUAACUACAUGAGCUCGGCAUUGAUAUCUUCGUUGAAUAAACUCAGUGAUUACUUCAGCAAAUUAAUAAAUGAUACCUUUAAAUUGAACACAGAUCCACGUAUAUGGGAACUUUACUCCUAUAUUUUUAUGUUAUAUGAGCUACCUGUGUUAGCGAAAAAAGUGGACAUCAAAGCAAUUUUUAAAUGUCGUCACGAACAAAAGAAUAAUAAGUUCUUUUACGUCACUAUUUUCAGAAUUCUGGAACAAGAUUCAGAACAGUUUACACGUAGAAUAUCCUCAAGCUUGAUUAAAUAUUUUGAAUCACCAUUAUGUCCAAAAUCUUUUAAGUUUGGUGUUUUCUCACGCUGGUUAGUAUUGGUAAAUACCUUGUUUAGGAAAGCCGAUAUAUUGAGGUUAGUUGAAGCUUUGUUCAAUAUAGAUGAUUUAAAAGAUCUUGAGUUUGUAUUCUCUAAUCCUGUGCUACAUGAGCAAUCCAACAUUGUCGUGCCAAUUAUUGAUCAUCUUAUGGAAAGUUAUUCCGUACUUGGAACUCAUUGCCUAAAUUUAGUGAACAAAAUUCCAGUUUUCUGCUUUCAAAAAUAUCAGCGGAAACAGAUGAUUGAUACAAUAGUUUCGUCAUCAGUUAUUACUGAAAAAGCUGAAGAUGUCAUUUUUCAACUUUUAAAACUACCAACUUCUAAAUCACUUUUAGAAAUAGAACCAAAGUAUAUUAUCAGACUUUUUGCCAUGUUAAAGCCAAAUACUGAUAUUUCCGUCUCGUUAGAAAUUGCGACUGCUAUAUUCACAGAAAAUUUAAGAAUGGAAAAUAACAACUAUUUUGAUCAAACCGAAUCUCUUUUAAAAACCCGAAUUUUAGAUCUUCAAAAUAAUGUCUUUGCUCCUUAUGUCGUCAUAGCUUUGAUAACAUCUGAACGGCAGAUUGGUACAAUAAAAGUUCAUUCUUCCCGUUUUAAUGACUUGGCCUUACUUUGUAUUUCCAAUAUUGUGAAUUUGUUAUCCAAGGAAAACUUAAAACUAGCGGACGAUGACAUUUAUAUCUUCUGCAGCAUUUUAGUCAAUUUCUUAAAGUUUAGUAUUGUCGAUGUUAAUGUCAACAUUAAGGGUAUGAUAUCCAAUCUUGGAUUCAACAAAACACAUUCAGAUAAGGUAAAUGAAGCUCUAUUUCAGUUAGUAUGCUCACUAAAAGUGGGAGCAUAUAAUCCUAGCUUUAUUUUAUCCUUAUUCACGAUUCUUCCCCCAACUGAAAAUAAUAAUAAGUCCUUAAACAUGUAUAUUGCAUCAUUAUCAGCAAAUGAGGAGAUAUUUAUGAAAGAAUGGGACGAAGUAUUAGAAACCUACAGAUCUAGAAAUUACGAGGACAAUAAUACUUUCAUAGAGGGUUUGUCUUUAUUAUCCCAUUUCAUGAAUAAUUUACAAAAGCUGACAAGUCAGGAACACAUCCAGAUAAUUAGAGGUUUGGUUUUGAGGACACUCUCAUUUGCACAAGGAAUUAAUAAUGUCCUACUAAGCACAGAAUGUGAUGAAAUUUCGAGCUUUUUAACAACUCUGUGUACAACACUCACAGAGAAUAGUUGGUCACUCAAUCAAUAUUCCAUGGAAUUAAUUUUUGUUCUUGUUUCAAAAAUUUGCAAUCUCUCAUUGACUGAGGUUAACCAGAAAGCUGAUCUUACGACUAUGUAUAUUCAACUUACCCAAGUUGUUUCUUCGAUUUUAUUGCAUCAACGAUUCAGAUUGUCUGGGAGAUCACAUAUUUUGAUUUUUACUUUGACGCAAUUUAUGGAACUAAUUUUCGAAAGAACAGGCUUUAACAAUACUAUCUCUUCCUCUGAAAGGUGUGCAAUGUCAUUUGAAAGAUUGGUAGAAAAUUAUUGUGAGCCAAGUACCACUGUGUUCACAGAUCAUAUCGAAAAUAAUGAAAACACUACGGGCAUAAACACAUUCGCAAAUACCCAAAUUUCGAAAAUUAGAGCAGAAUUAAGAAGGUCCCUUCCUUUAUUAAUUAUGCGCUAUUUGCAGUGCUUCCUUAGAUAUCGUACAAGCGUUACUGUGAGAGAGCCCCUUUCUCGUAGUAUCUAUUUGGUAUUCAAACGAUUAUCUGACAAUGAACUAAAUUACGUUAACGCAAGUCUUGAUUCCCAGAUCCGGCCCGCUUUCAAGAAGAUUUAUGAUGAAUAUCUAAAGUUUGGAAAAUGGAAGGAGGAGUAA